GAAUUUCCCUGUUAACCCGUCGAACGGAUUGAGUGUAACGUGCUACCUGUUCGUGAUACGCUGGGUAACAACAUAUCAACAAGUAAAGGUUUGAAGUCAGAUGAGAUUGUUCAACAGAGAGAUCCAGUAUGAAGUUCAAGAUUUUUCUUUUUAAUUUGAUGACAGUAAUCAUUCAUCUUUUGUCGUUUUCGAACAUCACAGGUGAACUUACAACAGUUUCAAUGGGAACAACUACACAACCAUCUACUAUAGAGGUUACAACAGCUACAGAAUGUGUUAAAGAAAAAGUUGUACUAGGCGAGUCUAAUAUUGAUACAAAUAACCCGUUGGCACCCUUGUCCACAAGCGACAAAGAUGCACUUCAAGAGAAAGACGAUAACAAGUUUGUUGAGACAAAUGAAUCUAUUAUGGUUCUGUUGAUUGACGGUUUAGACGAAGAAGUAAAUGGUGUAACAGUUUCUGGUGAUGGCAUUGCUACUAUUACCGUGAAGUAUAAUCUUCCAGAUAAUCCAGAGUUUAUAACUGUUCAGGCCCCAAAUGUACAGCCGGGUGAAGAAAUCCCAUUGGAAUCGAGAAAGUACAACGUUAUAAGAAUAACAGUCACAAAACAAUCCGGCAGCAGUAGUAUUCGUUUAGACAGUGUAGAACUUUCUACUUGUGGUGAACUUACAACAGUUUCAAUGGGAACAACUACACAACCAUCUACUAUAGAGGUUACAACAGCUACAGAAUGUGUUAAAGAAAAAGUUGUACUAGGCGAGUCUAAUAUUGAUACAAAUAACCCGUUGGCACCCUUGUCCACAAGCGACAAAGAUGCACUUCAAGAGAAAGACGAUAACAAGUUUGUUGAGACAAAUGAAUCUAUUAUGGUUCUGUUGAUUGACGGUUUAGACGAAGAAGUAAAUGGUGUAACAGUUUCUGGUGAUGGCAUUGCUACUAUUACCGUGAAGUAUAAUCUUCCAGAUAAUCCAGAGUUUAUAACUGUUCAGGCCCCAAAUGUACAGCCGGGUGAAGAAAUCCCAUUGGAAUCGAGAAAGUACAACGUUAUAAGAAUAACAGUCACAAAACAAUCCGGCAGCAGUAGUAUUCGUUUAGACAGUGUAGAACUUUCUACUUGUGGUGAACUUACAACAGUUUCAAUGGGAACAACUACACAACCAUCUACUAUAGAGGUUACAACAGCUACAGAAUGUGUUAAAGAAAAAGUUGUACUAGGCGAGUCUAAUAUUGAUACAAAUAACCCGUUGGCACCCUUGUCCACAAGCGACAAAGAUGCACUUCAAGAGAAAGACGAUAACAAGUUUGUUGAGACAAAUGAAUCUAUUAUGGUUCUGUUGAUUGACGGUUUAGAUGAAGAAGUAAAUGGUGUAACAGUUUCUGGUGAUGGCAUUGCUACUAUUACCGUGAAGUAUAAUCUUCCAGAUAAUCCAGAGUUUAUAACUGUUCAGGCCCCAAAUGUACAGCCGGAUGAAGAAAUCCCAUUGGAAUCGAGAAAGUACAACGUUAUAAGAAUAACAGUCACAAAACAAUCCGGCAGCAGUAGUAUUCGUUUAGACAGUGUAGAACUUUCUACUUGUGGUGAACUUACAACAGUUUCAAUGGGAACAACUACACAACCAUCUACUAUAGAGGUUACAACAGCUACAGAAUGUGUUAAAGAAAAAGUUGUACUAGGCGAGUCUAAUAUUGAUACAAAUAACCCGUUGGCACCCUUGUCCACAAGCGACAAAGAUGCACUUCAAGAGAAAGACGAUAACAAGUUUGUUGAGACAAAUGAAUCUAUUAUGGUUCUGUUGAUUGACGGUUUAGACGAAGAAGUAAAUGGUGUAACAGUUUCUGGUGAUGGCAUUGCUACUAUUACCGUGAAGUAUAAUCUUCCAGAUAAUCCAGAGUUUAUAACUGUUCAGGCCCCAAAUGUACAGCCGGGUGAAGAAAUCCCAUUGGAAUCGAGAAAGUACAACGUUAUAAGAAUAACAGUCACAAAACAAUCCGGCAGCAGUAGUAUUCGUUUAGACAGUGUAGAACUUUCUACUUGUGGUGAACUUACAACAGUUUCAAUGGGAACAACUACACAACCAUCUACUAUAGAGGUUACAACAGCUACAGAAUGUGUUAAAGAAAAAGUUGUACUAGGCGAGUCUAAUAUUGAAACAAAUAACCCGUUGGCACCCUUGUCCACAAGCGACAAAGAUGCACUUCAAGAGAAAGACGAUAACAAGUUUGUUGAGACAAAUGAAUCUAUUAUGGUUCUGUUGAUUGACGGUUUAGACGAAGAAGUAAAUGGUGUAACAGUUUCUGGUGAUGGCAUUGCUACUAUUACCGUGAAGUAUAAUCUUCCAGAUAAUCCAGAGUUUAUAACUGUUCAGGCCCCAAAUGUACAGCCGGGUGAAGAAAUCCCAUUGGAAUCGAGAAAGUACAACGUUAUAAGAAUAACAGUCACAAAACAAUCCGGCAGCAGUAGUAUUCGUUUAGACAGUGUAGAACUUUCUACUUGUGGUGAACUUACAACAGUUUCAAUGGGAACAACUACACAACCAUCUACUAUAGAGGUUACAACAGCUACAGAAUGUGUUAAAGAAAAAGUUGUACUAGGCGAGUCUAAUAUUGAUACAAAUAACCCGUUGGCACCCUUGUCCACAAGCGACAAAGAUGCACUUCAAGAGAAAGACGAUAACAAGUUUGUUGAGACAAAUGAAUCUAUUAUGGUUCUGUUGAUUGACGGUUUAGACGAAGAAGUAAAUGGUGUAACAGUUUCUGGUGAUGGCAUUGCUACUAUUACCGUGAAGUAUAAUCUUCCAGAUAAUCCAGAGUUUAUAACUGUUCAGGUAAAUGAUUGUUAUGAUCGUCUCGGCUCCAAAUAA